AUGUCGUUAGCAUCAUUGACGUUCAUGAGUGCUUGGUCAGGAGUGACAACUGGAGUUAUUUUACUUGUCAAAACUUCUUUGCCCUUUCCUUUGUUGAGCAGAAGAGGGUUAACAUCUAUAAUAACUAGAGUUUCUUUAUUAUUGUUGUUGUGA